GAACUCAGUGAUGCAGUGGGAUUUUCCAGAGUCAUUCAUGCCAUUGCUAAUUCUGGCAAACUUGUUGUUGGACACAACAUGCUACUGGAUGUCAUGCACACGAUCCACCAGUUUUACUGUCCCCUACCUGAAGACCUAAGUGAGUUUAAGGAGUUAGCGGCAUGUGUCUUUCCCAGACUAUUGGAUACUAAACUGAUGGCAAGUACGCAACCUUUUAAGGAAAUUAUUAACAACACAUCCCUUGCAGAACUGGAAAAGCGUUUAAAAGAGAUUCCAUUCAACCCUCCUGAAGUUGAAAGUGCAGAAGGGUUUCCAAGCUAUGACACAGCUUCUGAACAACUUCAUGAAGCAGGCUAUGAUGCUUACAUAACAGGACUGUGUUUCAUCUCCAUGGCUAACUACCUAGGUUCAUUUCUCAGUCCUCCGAAAAAUCAUGUAUCUGCUAGAUCAAAACUCAUUGAACCCUUUUUUAACAAGUUAUUUCUUAUGAGGGUAAUGGACAUACCAUAUCUCAAUUUGGAAGGACCAGACUUGCAGCCAAAACGAGACCAUGUUCUUCAUGUUACAUUUCCCAAAGAGUGGAAGACUAGUGAUCUUUACCAGCUUUUCAGUGCCUUUGGUAAUAUUCAGGUAUCUUGGAUUGAUGAUACAUCAGCAUUUGUGUCACUUAGCCAGCCAGAACAAGUACAAAUAGCUGUAAACACCAGCAGGUAUGCUGAAAGUUAUAGGAUCCAGACCUAUGCAGAAUAUGUUGAGAAAAAACAUGAAGAGAAACAAGCAAAAAGAAAGUGGACAGAAGAUAGUUGGAAGGAGAUGGAGAGAAAGCGGUUAAAAACGCAAUACACACCAUACAUUCCCCAGAGUCGGUACUACUGUGUUAACAGUUUUACAGCUACCAGCACAAUGGGAAAAAGAAGUAUGAGUCCUAUUCAAGAGGAAACUGGCUCUGAUGAUAUGGAAGAGAGAGAAAUCCAAGAGACAGAGCUUGAUGAAUCAGAUUGCUAUGCAGAGUCUGUUCCAGAGGGAAGGAAGAGAGCCAAAAAGUUCAAAAAAGUCAAGAAGGAGCAAGAGCCAACAGGAAGCAUCACAAGCGGUUCCACAGAACUCUUUGAAGUUCCUGACACGUGGUAGCCAACAUCUGUAUUAAUAAAAAGUGAAGCUGAUUCAAAGCAAUUGCAAGAGUAUACCACUUGGAAGCCAUACUUAAUUUAAAUAAAAAGUGGUGUUAAAAAAGAAGUCUGUCUCCUGAAAAUCAGUUUAAUUUUUUAAACUGUCUACUGAACAAUCAGUCAGUUUUACUCGUAUAUUAACUAGUUUACAAUUCUGUCUGUUGAUCAUGUGAAAUCUUUGCUGUCGUAAACAAUGUUAGAUUUAAGAAGCAAAACUAAAUGUGUUUUGGUCACCUAUUAUGGCAUGUUGGCUAUGAAAUAUACAAAAAGAAUCAGCACCAUUAUGAAUUUUGUUAGGCUGUUUCCUGUGCUUGAGGGGAGUUAUCACACAAGUCUUCUCAUCUUCAGAUGUUCGGGCAAUUUCAGUACACUAUCAGUAGUCCUGAACAGAUAAACCUCAGUAUCGGUUACUGCUUUCUACCAGUUACCCUGGAAACUUUACAGUGUUGUCCUUUUUCCCCAGUAGGAAGACUUCAGCCAGUAUCUGUCUGGAAACUAAUCCUACACAUAUACUAUCCUUUUGUCCUCUUGGAAAAAUUUAACUUAUACUUUCCUUAAAAAAAUAGAGAAAAAGAAAGAAAGAGAGAAAUUAAUGUUGGGAGGAGGUGGGUUUUCUUUGCUGUUUUCACUCUUAAGUCUUGAUCUGGUUUUCCAUGGUUUGUGUUUUUUGUAAAAAUGUUUUUGAAACCUGUGACAAACCUGCAAACUGUACCAGCCCUUUAUUCAUUUAAAAAAAAAUCUGCUUUGGUAGAUUUCAGAAACUUUGAUAUUUAACAUUUUUGUAUCAUGGAAAU